AUGUACGCCAAAGGUAAAGGAGCUGUCGUCCCUUCCGAUAGUCAAGCGAGAGAAAAGUUAGCUUUAUAUGUGUACGAGUAUUUGCUGCACGUCGGCGCACAGAAAUCAGCACAGACCUUCCUGUCAGAGAUCCGAUGGGAGAAGAACAUUACACUGGGGGAGCCCCCUGGAUUCCUACACUCAUGGUGGUGUGUAUUCUGGGAUCUGUACUGCGCUGCUCCGGACCGGAGAGAGACAUGCGAACAUUCCAGCGAGGCCAAGGCUUUCCACGACUAUAGUGCAGCCGCUGCCCCCAGUCCGGUGAUGGGCAACAUGCCCCCCAACGAUGGCAUGCCUGGCGGACCCAUGCCCCCGGGCUUCUUUCAAGGACCUCCCGGCUCCCAGCCGUCACCCCACGCACAGCCACCCCCACACAACCCCAACAACCCUAUGAUGGGACCUCACGGCCAGCCUUUCAUGUCCCCACGGUACCCAGGUGGACCUCGUCCCUCACUUCGCAUGCCAAAUCAGCCACCUGUGGGAGUCCCAGGGUCACAACCACUCCUGCCAAACAGUCUGGAUCCCACCAGACCACAGGGACAUCCAAACAUGGGCGGCCCGAUGCGGAUGAACCCCCCCAGAGGGAUGGGCGGCAUGGGCCCACAGAACUAUGGUGGUGGAAUGAGGCCUCCUCCCAACUCGAUGGGGCCAGGAAUGCCAGGGAUGAACAUGGGUCCUGGAGGUCGAGGUUGGCCCAAUCCCAACGCAAACUCAAUAGCCUAUUCCUCCUCAUCUCCAGGAAACUAUGUGGGUCCUCCAGGGGGCGGAGGCCCACCAGGAACUCCCAUCAUGCCUAGCCCAGGAGACUCCACAAAUUCCAGUGAAAACAUCUACACAAUGAUGAAUCCUAUUGGCCCUGGUGGUAACAGACCUAAUUUCCCGAUGGGGCCGGGCCCUGAUGGCCCAAUGGGUGGAAUGGGAAGCAUGGAGCCACACCAUAUGAACGGAUCGCUAGGCUCUGGUGACAUGGAUGGGUUGCCAAAGAAUUCUCCCAACAACAUGGCAGGCAUGAAUAACCCCCCGGGAACUCCGCGGGAUGAUGGGGAGAUGGCAGGCAACUUUUUAAACCCAUUCCAAAGUGAAAGUUAUUCACCCAACAUGACGAUGAGUGUGUGAUUUAUUUUUUAUUUUAUUUUUCUUUUUUUU